GGCAACACAAGGCGGAGAACGAACGGUCCAAUUCACCUCCUUCAUGGACACUCCCUCCCCAGCGGAAUGGACGGAACUUCUUGUCUCACAACGUUGAUUUACAUCUCACAGGAGCCCUUGAAGAAGCCAGGGCCGUCAUGACUACUCCGGGUCGAGAGAAAAUAACCACACAGCAUCCACCGAACACCAGCCGACCACAGACUGUGUGGGCUGUGAGUCGGUAUGUGGCUUUAGCCGCACUGUGCAUCUUAUGCUACAGCAACUCUCUCCAUGGGGAGUUAGUGCACGACGAUGUUUGGGCUAUCGUCAACAACCCGGACGUCCUGCCGAGUUCAUGUGUCAAAAACAUCUUCAGUAACGAUUUCUGGGGCAAGAAGAUGUCAGACAAUUCGAGCCACAAGUCCUACAGACCUCUAUGCAUUCUCACCUUUAAGUUGAACAUCCUGCUGGGUGGGAUGACGCCUCUGUACUUCCACAUUGUCAACGUGUGUUUGCACUGUGCUGUCACCUGCCUCCUCAUGCACACGUGUGAACAGUGUGCGUUUAAAGAAUCUCACCUGGCUUUCAUCACAUCUGUCCUGUUUGCUGUGCACCCUGUCCACACCGAGGCUGUCUCUGGAAUUGUGGGCCGGGCUGACGUCUUGGCCUGUCUGCUGUUCUUGAUGACUUUCCUUUACUAUAAAAGGAGUGUUGAUGUGACUGCCUCUGAGGACUCUGUGCCCUCAACAGUCUCAGCGGGGUCUCUGCUCACAAGUUUACUGCUCGGUACUUGUGCCAUGCUGGUGAAGGAGACGGGCAUCACUGUAUUUGGUGUGUGCAUAUUUUAUGAUGCCAUAGUGCUGUGCGACAAGCCCUUUGGUCACCUGUCUGGAUCCACCUUCAAACAGCUUUUCCAUAAAUGGACUCCCUUUAUCAAAAGAGCCUGUGUUGUUUCUAGUUAUGUGGUGGCUGUUAUAUCAGUCCGUCUGUGGUUAAUGGGAGGUUCCAUGCCUUUUUUCUCUGAACAGGACAAUCCUGCCUCCGUUGCUCCUCACUUGCUAACCAGAAUUCUGACAUACUCUUACCUGUUGUACUUCAACACCUGGCUAUUGCUGGCUCCCAUUGUGCUGUGCUAUGAUUGGCAAGUGGGUAGCAUCCCUCUUGUUGAAUCGCUGUGUGACAUUCGCAACGUGGCCUCUGUUCUACUGGCUGUGGUGAUGGUUGCCCUCUGCCUGAACUGUAUCAGGUCACUGCAGAGACAAAAGAGCAAAGAGGUGUUGGUGGGGAUAUUGUUUUUGGUGUUUCCUUUCAUUCCUGCGACUAACCUUUUCUUCAGAGUGGGAUUUGUUGUGGCCGAGAGAGUUCUUUACAUGCCCAGUAUGGGUUACUGUAUCCUGGUGGUUCAUGGCCUCAGUCGUCUUAGUUCAUUGGUAGGUCGUUGGGGCACAGCUUUCGUUAGCGCCUCAAUGCUGCUGCUGCUCCUGCUCUUCUCCUGGAAGACUUUUCAGCAGAACCAAGUCUGGAUCUCCCGGGAGGCUCUCUUCAGUUCUGGCAUCCGCACUCUUCCUCACAAUGCCAAAGUUCAUUAUAACUACGCUAACUUCCUGAAGGACAACAGUCGUUACCAAGAAGCCAUUUACCACUACACCAUUGCACUCAGGUUGUACCCCCGACAUGCCAGUGCGAUGAACAAUCUUGGCACUCUGACACACACUCCAGAGGAAGCAGAGCGCUACUACAGAAAAGCAUUGGACACCAACCCACAGCAUAAUCGAGCACUCUUUAAUCUGGGAAACCUCCUCAAGUCACAAGGGAAGGAGAAAGAGGCAGAGACAUUUCUGAAGGACUCAAUUAGCUUCGGUCCACAUUUUGCCGAUGCUUAUUCCAGUCUUGCGUCACUCUAUGCUGACCAGAAGCGCUUUGCUGAAGCCAAUGAAAUGUAUUUGAAAGGUAUAGAGAAUUGUCCGGACAGCUCCGAUCUCCAUAAUAACUAUGGAGUGUUUCUGGUGGAUACUGGAAAAGAGGAACUGGCAGUUGCUCAUUAUCAACAAGCCAUUCAACUCAAACCAGUUCAUUAUGUUGCCAUGGUGAACCUUGGCCGCCUUCUCCGCUCCUCCAAUAAGAACAAAGAAGCAGAGUCUUGGUAUAAGAGGGCACUUGAAGUAUCAACGAAAGUGGAGAUCCUGGCACCACUUGGAGCACUGUACUACAACACUGGUCGCUUUGAUGAAGCCCUGCGGGUUUACAGAGAGGCUGUUCGCUUACAGCCAGAGAACACCGACAUUUGGCUGGCGCUGGCCCAGGUUUUAGCCACUGCUGGUCACACCAAAGAGGCCGAGAAAAUGACCCGCAACAUAAUUUCCAGAGAGGACAGUUGCAUCGAAUGUUACCGCCUGCUGUCUUCCAUGUACAGCAAGCAUGGCAACCACACAGAGGCUUUGGAAGCUCUAAACAAGGCUCUACAGCAGAAUCCCGAUGAUGUCACAGUGAGAGCAGAGUUGCAUUUCUCCAAAGGAAACCAGCUACGAGAAAUGAACCAGUUGGACCUAGCUUUUGAGAGCUAUCAAUUGGCUGUGGAACUCAAACCUGAUCAGUCCCAAGCAUGGAUGAACAUGGGAGGCAUUCAGCAUAUUAAGGGCGACUAUGCAGCAGCCAGGAUGUACUACCAGAAAGCCUUGAGUCUGAAUCCUGGUUCAAAACUGUUGAAAGAGAAUUUGGAGAAGUUGGAGCGACUGGAGAAGAGGUUGACAGGAGUGUCGUAGUCACUCCUACUGUACUCUUUUCCUGGAAACUUCACAGGAGUCACCGCAAGUGGACCUUGGAUAACCUGGACAGUAGUUGGAAUGCUGGAUGGACGCCGUUUAGUCCCACGCUGGGUCAAUGACACUAAGGGAAAUGGAACGUUCCGGAAUAAUGAGGAUUAGUUGAGGCACAGCAUUUCCAGGUUGAAGUAAGGAAUUGCUUUUGAAUGCUAUAACAGGAAGUAUAUACAGUAAGUAAACUGUACAUUCAUUCUACUGUGUUAUCAGCUUUACCAAAACAUGCUGAUCUGCAUCUUUAUGGAUUCAUUAUCAUUCAGGGGCCAAGAAAAGUCAAGUAGAAGUUCUGCAUCUGUAGAUCUAUACCUCCACAACCUCAGAUUGUAGGUUGGAUCACAAGGUGUUUCUCGGAAAACGCUGAUGCGGAAGAGCAGGAAUGUUGGCUGUGGUGUUCAUAUUUAGAAAUUAAUAAAUGAUCGCCUGUCACUCACGUAAUAGUGUGUGCGUAAGGAA